UAUAUUUAUGGUUAAUAUUAUUUAAUAUAUAUAAUUAUAUAGAAAAAAAUUUUUUUAUAAUAAUAUCAAGUUUAUAUAACAUAAAGAGUUAGAGAUAUGUUUUUAAAUGCAUUAUUUUAAAAAUAGAAUAAACAAUAUGCAAAUUUAUAUAAUUGCUGAUAAAUAGUAACAACUAUUAGUAACAAUAUAAUUUUUCUUAAGUAUGAUUCCUUUUUCACUAUCUAAUGUGCCAAAAUGAAUCUUGUCAUUUUCUUAAUACUAAAUUUGUUCAGUAAAUAACUUUACAAUGCUGUAGAGCAUUACUGUAAACUUAUAUACACGAAUACAAGAUUAUAUAUAGCCUAUUAAAAUUUUGUUUAUUAUAUAAAUUCUUUAUCAUAUAAAUUAAUUGUAUGUUAUCAUAAUUACCAUAUUUUAAUACAAAUUUUAUUUAUAUAAUUAACAAAAUAUGCAUAUUUAUACAUAUUUAUGUACAUAAUAGGUAUAUUAACAUUGUAAAAUAAUGAAAAAAACAAUGUCUAAACAUGUGGUGAUAAUAUUAUAUUAUUACAAGAAGAAGAGUACAAAACAAUUACUAAUUGAAUAUUAAAUCAUUUAUUACAUACUUUAACUGCAUAUAAUUUGCAGUUAACCAAAUAUGUAAGUACGAAUAUGUAAAAUGUAUAAUAUUGUUGUUAUUAAUAUGAUUUUAUAUUGAUAAAAUGGUAAUUAUGUGAAAUAAAAAUAUUGUAAAAUACAAAUAAUGUGUUUUAUUAUGGUAUAUAAAAUUGAAUAAACUAGUAUUUAUUUCUUUACAAAAAUAAUAAUAAACAAAACUACAUUUACAAAUACAUAUGUAUAAAUCUAAUGUAAGAGCCAUCUAUUGUUUGAGGUCAAUGAUACUUCACAGUAACUAUAGUAACAAUAUCAAACAAAUUGAUGAUAAAGACUAUGAUAGAUGAGAAUUUUUUUUAUACAACUAGCCAAUAUAUAUAUUAUUCCAUUCAUAAUCAAAACUAAUAUGAUACAUACAAUACAAUCUAGAAUAAUACAAAUUAUAUAUACAAUUAUCUAUAUUACUGUUUAUUAUGAUAUAUAACAUUUAUAACGUUGUUUAUUUUGCUUUUUUGGUAUUAUGUGUAUAAAAUAAUGUAUAUGAUCUAUUUCAUGGAAUUAAAAAUACAGUGAAAAAUUAUGAACUGGAUCAAAUGAAAUUUUAAUAUCAAUUUUCAAAUAAAUGAUUUAUUUUAAUACAAGGCGAUACAUUUUGUAGAAAAUGGAUCAAAGUGAAAGUAAUAUUACAAAAAACAAUACAGUUUUAUCUACUAAUAUAUUAAAACAGUUACCAUCAUGGUUGAUAGAAAUGAAUGAGAAUGUAAAAAAAUUAAAUAUAAUUGAUCAUUAUAAAACAUUGCAAAUAGAAAAACAUUCAAUUCACGAAGAGCAUCCAUUUGAACAAACUCUUUUAGAAGAUGAAAUAUCUUCUUUAAAGGAAGAAAUUGAUAAUUUAUAUGGGCAGUCUUGCAAACCAUUUUUUACAUUAAACAAGAUAAAAGAUAUUGAUGGUGACAUUUUAUUACAAUCAUGCACUAGUAAAUCUCUCUCUAAUACUUCCAAUCAUGAGAAGAUAAAUAUCAAGAAUACUUCAACUCAUGUUCUUUCUGCUGAUCAAAAUCCUAUUAAAAGAGAUUUUAGUGCACUUGAUGAAUAUAUGGAGAAAAGAAGAAUAGAGAAAGUCUAUAACAAUACAAAAUCUAUGAGAUUUAAAAACAAUGAGAAAUAUAACUGUGAACUACGAACUUUUGAUGAUUUUGAGAAGCGAAAUCAUGACUAUUUUCAGUCAGGUAUAUUAAAUAAAGGAUAUAAAAUGGACAAUGAACUGUUAACACAACAACAAAAAUAUGAAACUUAUUCUAAACAUAAAAAUAAUGUCAUUAGAAAACAAGAUCUUAAAAAUAAUUUGCCAUGUGAUAUGUUCAUGUUUAGAAAUCAUGAAAUAAUUAAUUUCUUUUUAAUUAUAAUAGGAAUCAUAAAGAGAAGAUUAGAUUAUUUACCUGGUUUAACACCAAAAGAAGAAACUGUUACAAAUGGAAUAAAAACAGUACCAAAUUUAAUAUAUCAUGCUGAUGCAAACAAUAGUGAACUAACAAGAAAAAAUCAUAAUAAAUUUAUUUCUUCAAUAGAAAUUGGCCAGAAGAGUAGUAAUAGUUCAAAAGAAAAAUCCACAAAUAAAAGUUUGCAUAAUUAUAAAUCUAAUAUUCAACAAAAUCAUACAAUUCAAGAUAGUAGCAGAAAUUUUAUUAUACCGGAACUUCCUUAUGGUAAAAUAUUAAUCAUUAAUAUUCUUAGUACUUGGGGAGAUAAACAUUAUGUAGGUCUUAACGGAAUUGAGAUUUUUUCAGAUACAGGUCAACUUGUAUUCAUAAAUAAAAUAUCAGAAAACUCAUCAAAUAUAAAUCAAUUACCAGAACAUAAUAAUCUUCGUGUUAUCAAUAAUCUUAUUAAUGGAGUAAAUAGAACAAGAGAUGAUGCUAAUUUAUGGCUUAUUCCAUUUACAGAAGGAAAUCAUCAUUACAUUCACAUGAUUUUUCAGGAUAUUGUAACAAUUGCUAUGAUUAGAAUAUGGAAUUAUAAUAAAUCUAGAAUACACUCAUAUAGAGGUGUUAAGGAUAUCACAAUUACAUUGGAUGAUACACUUAUUUUUUAUGGAGAAAUUGCUAGAGCAUCUGGAAACUUACAAGACACUUUUAAUUCUUUCGGAGAUACUAUUCUGUUUACCAUUGAUGAAAAUAUUUUAGAAAUGAUAUCAACAAAUGAUGAAAUGUUUACAAUUAUUAAUAACAAUAUGCUUAAUUAUGCAGAAAAGGAGAAAGAUAGACCAGCAACAGUAACGACUAAUUUAAAUAUAACAUUUGGAAGGCGUAAAAAUGAUUGUUCAGUUGGAAAUCAUUCAACUGUAUCUAGUGAUAGUGAAUAUAAUACAUUAUCCCUUGUUUGUAAAGAAAUUCAAUUGAUUAUUCUUUCAAAUUGGGGUGCUGCUGGAAUAGUAGGUCUUAAUGGAAUAGAAUUCAUUGGAAACCAAAAUUUAAUUUUGUCAACAACUCAUGCUAACUUAAAAUGCAACUUACAUAAUAUAAAUCUUUUAAAAUUGAUUGAUGGAUACAAUAUAACAACUGAUAAAGAUCAUAUGUUGUUAAUAGAUUAUAUAAAUGAAAAUGAAGAAAUUAUUAUAACAAUUACAUUCGACAAAGAAGUAUGUAUUACUGGUAUGAGAUUCUGGAAUUAUAAUGCUUCUCUGGAGUUGUCAUAUUGUGGUGUGAAACGUUUAUUUAUUAAAUUGGAUGGAAAAUCAAUAUUUGAAGAAGACUGUGAUAGCUUCUUAUUGAGAAGAGCUCCAGGAAAUUGUCAUUAUAAUUUUGUACAAGAAAUAAGUUUUACUUGUCAUUUGGACAAUGAAUUAAUAUUAUCAAAAGAAUUUAAUGGAACUUUAACUCUGUCCCAAGAAAAAAUUAUUCUAUUUAAUAAAGAUUAUGAAGUACCCUUAAUGCCACAGGGUUUUGUGUAUCAAAUAAUAAUAUUUUCAAGUUGGGGUGAUUCUUAUUAUGUGGGUCUCAAUGGCAUUGAAUUUGUUGGUAUCAAUGGUCAUCAAAUCAAAUUAAACAGAGAUAAUAUAGCAGCUUAUCCAGAAAGUAUAAAUAUACUAGAAGGAAUUGAUAAUGAUAUAAGAACACCAGAUAAAUUAAUAGAUGGUGUGAAUGAUAAUAAUGAUGGUCAACAUUCAUGGCUUGCACCAAUUUUGCCUGGUGAAACAAAUCGUAUUUAUAUUAUAUUUUCUUAUCCUACGACUGUAAAUGCCAUAAAAUUAUGGAAUUAUGGAAAAACUAAAUCAAGAAGAAUAAAAGAAUUUGCAAUAUUGGUGGAUGAUAUAUUAAUUUAUAAUGGAAUGCUGAGUAAAAAUAAUACAUAUGAAACAAUACAAUUUUUUAAUAGUGAUAAUACAGACUACAUUGAGUCGUCUUUAACUAGGUAAAUAUUAUUUCAUUAUCUGUGUUCUUUUAGCUCGGAACAAGAAAGAUAUAUUAUAUGUUUAUGAAGAGCUACUUCUGUUAUAAUUUCUUUACCAGACCCAAAUCUUAGAUUUUAUACAUCUUUAAUAUAAACGAUUAAAAAAACUAAUUUUUAAGAAAUUAAUAUAAUAUAUACUUCUUAAUUGAUUUUACACAUGCCAUUUAAAAUUAUCUUUGUUUUAUACUUUAUAAUAUAUAUAAUGAGGUGAUCUAACAUAGUA